CUGUUCACUUCCGGUAAAAUGGCGCAGUCCAUGAUGGAUGGAUGUGUAUCGGGUACACAAGCUUGUUUGUGAGGCUUUCAAUAAUUAUGUUCACAGACUUUUUUUUUACUUUUUGGAGACGGAAGUAUAUUUUCAAGUUACAAAAAUUCGAGUUGGCUGAAAUGCUCAACCAUUGUUUGAACUCUUGAGUCACGGACACUGUGUGAGAACUAGUGCAGUGGACAUGGAUUCAGAAGUGCUUUUGACUGUUGUUCCUGAGGACUUGAAGAGACUGGUGAGGCUGAUAGUGAGAGGUUUCUACACCAUGGAGCACGCAGUGGUCAUUGACAUGCUAGUACGUCAUCCUUGUGUCAAGGAAGAUGACCUCGGCGAACUCAUUAAGUACGACAAGAAGCAUCUCAGGUCUAUUCUCAAUAUGCUGAAAAUUGAUAAAUUUCUGAAGAGUAGAAUGCGAGUAGAGACAGAUGCGGAAGGACGCACUACUCGACAUACUUACUAUUUUAUCAAUUACAGUGUUUUUGUCAAUGUUGUUAAAUAUAAACUGGACCACAUGAGACGGAAGAUUGAGACGGAUGAGAGAGACAACACGACUAGGUCUUCGUUCAAAUGCCCCGGUUGUGAGAAGACAUACACCGACUACGAAGUGGGACAGUUGCUGGAUCCCAGCACUGGAGAGCUCAUCUGUACCUUCUGUCGUUCCAUUGUUGAAGAAGAUGAAAGUUCUAUACCCAAGCAAGAUGCCCGUACAAUGUUGGCCAGGUUUAAUGAGCAGAUACAGCCUAUCUACGAACUGUUGAAAGUUUGUGAAGAUGUACGAUUGGCCCCAGAAGUUUUAGACCCAGAACCUACAGAUAUAAAGAAAAUUAUCAAUCGGAACAAUGCGGGUGUGUCCGGCAAAAUGUCUUCCGACGCGGAUCGAGCCACUUGGAGUGGCGAUGCCACGAGGAACGUUGGUUUCGGUUUCAGCGAGAACCGAGUGACCAUCACAAUGGACGACGAGAAUGCGGGCAAGGUGGAAAAGAAAGCUCAGCCCGUCUGGAUGACACAGAGCACAAUUGAGGGAGUUGCUGCACCUCUAGAGACUGCUGCUAUGGAGGCGUCUAAACUCGCCGAGGCAGACAAGAAAUCAAAACCGAUGGGCAAUGACGACAUUCUGCAGACUCUUCUGGCCCACGAGCAAAAGGCAGGACCAUCUCGAAUACCAGCGCCAGAGUCUAGUGAUGGAGACUCCGAUGUCGAUGAGAUGAAGAACGGAGAAGACGUGGAAGAGAUGGAGAGUGACGAGGAUGAGGACCAGGGUCCCAUGGUGAUGAUUGGCUCUCAGCGCGUGCCUUACCACAGCGUGACCUCUGACCUGGUGGCCUCCAUGACACCACUGGAGAAGGAGGAGUACAUCCGCAUGGGUCAGCAGUUGUACGAGAACAUGUAUGACUGACGCUGGCCGCUCUCACUGUGUUCGAGAAAAUGUAUGACUGACACUUUCUGGUCUCACUGUGUACGAGAAAAUGUAUGACUGACAUUUUCUGGUCUCACUGUGUGGUUCAGCAUUUAUUCGAGAACAUGAAUGACUGACGCUGGCUGUUCUCAAUGUGCACAAGAACUUGACUGUACGACUGACGCUGGCCGCUCUCACUGUGUGGGAGGAGUGCACUGCCGUAAGCUGACAAAACCCCUUUUUUUUCUUCAGAGCAAAAAGAGGGUGUUUUUUUGGUCAACGUAAUCAUUUAAAAAUAGAGUGAUUCCGAAAUUGAAUUCUAAUUUAUUGAAAAACUAGUCACUGUUUCUUCAAUUUGAUUUUUUCUCUCAAGUAGAGUAAAAACUGAUCAGGCUUUCGAUUUAGCAAAUACAAUUUUUUUGCGUUAAAAUGAAAAAAAAAGUUUGUUAGCUUACGGUAGUACAGGGAAUGAUAGGGUUGUUUGUUGUUGUUUUUUUAAACUGAAAAAUGUCAUGUUUAUGGUGCUAUGAAAUUGUGAGUAUGUAGUGAAAAUUCUGAAUGAAAGAGACAAUGGUGUUGUGACUGUAACUUACAGAAAUAAAUACCUUUUUAAAUUAGUUUUUGGACAAGUGAAUUUAUCGAGUAAGAACCCAAAAAAUUAAAACAAACUGCAGUUGAAAUUGUUCUGGAUGGUGGAGAAAUGGCGAGUAGAAAUGUUGUUGUCUUGGACAAGUGGAUGUCUUGGAUUGUAUCAUUGUAAUAAAUAUAUGUAGAAAAAAAA